GUAUUGUGAUGGUGUAGACUUGAAUUGUGGUUGUCCACAGCGAUGGGCUAUGGCUGAGGGUUAUGGAGCUUGCCUCAUUCACAAACCAGAACUUGUAGCUGACAUGAUUCGACAGACCCGCAGUGCAGUAAUAGAUCCUGACUUCACAGUUUCUAUCAAAAUACGAAUACAUAAAGAUUAUAAACAUACGGUGGAUUUUGCUCGACAAAUGGAGGCAGCAGGUGCAAGCUUUAUCACUGUACAUGGACGCACCCAGGAUCAACGUAGUGAUCCAGUAUGCUUAGAUGCUAUAGCUGACAUAAAAAAUGCUGUAAAAAUUCCUGUUGUUGCAAAUGGUGAUGUUCGGUCUAUGGACGAUGCUGACAGGAUACAGAAGAUUACAGGAGUUAAUGGUGUGAUGGCUGCAAGAGGUAUACUGGAGAACCCUGCUAUGUAUGCAGGCUAUGAGAGCACACCUUUAGAAUGUGUGAAGGACUUCGUUAACAUUGCUGUUUCAACUGGAACACCUUUCAGCUGCUUUCACCAUCACCUUAUCUAUAUGCUGGAAAAAUCUCUUUCACGAUCUGAACGAAGAUACUUCAAUGUAUUAGGCAGCACAAGUGGUGUGAUUAGCUUCUUAAACGAAAAAUAUAUGAUUGAUUUUUAUACUGAAUUUUAUUCUGAACCUUUACUGCUAUGCAAUUGUUUCUUCUGA